CUGUUAUUUAUAUACGUCCUUAGAAGUGUCACUUAAAUUAUAUCAGACAUACUCAGUAUAUACACACACACACACAUUUGUUUGUAUUUAUGAAAUAACAUCAUUCUAACGCAUUGUUACGAACACAUUGUAAUAAGAUUAAUUAAUUAUACUUCUUUUUUAAGCCAUCAUGCAAAAAAAAUUACUGUAUGUGUCGAUAUAUAUUAAAUUUUUAUUAAUAUUUUCAACGUUCGCGCAUGCGAAAGAGCAAACUUCAAAAUUUAAAGGGCUACCAACCAAAUACGAUCUGAUAAAAAGAGCAACGUUCGAGUUAAAACCAAAUGGAGAAUUAUGUACGCACUAUAAGGCAAUUUUUAUUAUUAUAAUACUUUAUUUAAAUAUUUAUUUUACACUCCAAAUUAAAAAAAUUAUAUAUAUAUGUAUAUAUAUUAUAGUUAAAAAAUCGCUUGUAAACCAUGUACAAGAGCAUAAAGAAGUUAUAAAAAUAUUAGAAGAUAUUGAUAUGUAUGAACGUAGAUAUAAAAUGAUCCAGCAAGUUACUAUAGAUACGAUUGACAUUAUUGAACGUAAAACAUCAAUGCUAGAGAAUACUAUAUCGAAUUUUACCAAGGGAAUCAACUCAAAUAAUGAUAUUAUAGAUGCCUUGUUUUUUAUAUUGGAACAAACAGCUUUUUUUGGAAAUGUUGUUCUUAGUUUUCCGGAAAUUACUCGUAAAAUAUUAAAAAGUCAAAAUAUGUGGAAAGAAAUAAUAAUUUGGUCUUUUAAUUUUACUAGUAAAAUGGAAUAUUUGGUGGAUGAAUCCAUUAUUACUGAAAUUUCUUUAGCUAUUGAAGAACUUAAUAAUACAAAACAAAAAUCUGAAUUGACAAAUUAUAGAGAAAAUAAUUAUUUGCCUAAAAAAAAAACGUUCAAAAAAGGAAUGACAAAACAGAAAAGAGGUCCAAAAUUAAUAAAAUACGAUUUAUGAACAUUUUUGUGGUAGUUCCAAUAAAAAAUAAGAAAUAUUUUUUAAUUUAAAUAAAUCAUUUAAAAACAUUUAUAUUUUGAUUUACUUUAUAUUAACAUUAACAAAAAUCUUUUCUACUUUUAUGUGUUAUAGAAUUCAUAUGUAGACUCAUAUAUUUGUAUUAAUCCUCAAAAUCCAUAUAAUUCAUUUAAUAUAUUUGUAUGUAGAUAUGAAGUAUGUGUGUAUGUUAAAUAUAAUUUGAAGAUAUUUUAU